GCAGUUGAGGAGCCUCGUACAUGGCUUUACGAAGGUCCAAGGACCGUCUCCUCCUAUGACUCAGGUCUGACAUGGUGGAGGUAGGAAGACUCCGGCUAACAGCAUUGGCAUUUUCAUCAUUCCCUGCCUGUUCUCCGUCCCGGAACAGCCCCUCGACACCUUCAGAUAUCUCCUCCAGAUCAUCCAUCCAAUUCUCAUGCACGCUCCUGUUUCCCUUUAUUCUCAAAGCAUGGGUCUCAAGUAGACGUUCGGUCGCAUUUUCUGGAUCGAGGAUGGUAGAUAAGCUGGACUGCGUAGAUAUAGAGGUCUGGAGUAACGCAUUGGACAUCUCGAGGGCAUGCACGCUGCGUUCCAGUAACGAGUCGAGAUAUGGAUCAGACACGGAGUGUGCCUUUUUGCGGGAAUGAAGCCGUCGAGCACGCUUUGGCGAAGCUUGGAGCGAGGAGGAAUGUGCUUGCGGCACGUAAAGGACGUUUGCCUCGCUUUCGUCUGUGUCUGCGUCGCCUUCCUCUGCACUGUCUGGAUAGUCUGGUGGCCUGUCCGACGGUGGGUCCUCGGUGGUUGCAGAAGACGGCUGUCGGGUGCUCCACGCACUGGAGGCAGGAAAAGAAUACUCAGGAAGAGUCUGUAUUGUGUCUGAAGAAAGUGUGAGUGCAGAAAAGCGUUUUCUGUGAGUGCGACGGGGAUGAUAAUGAGCGUAAUUCAUGAUUUGGGUAAUUGGUGGAUAAAAGGCGCGAUAGCGCUCGAGUCAACGGCGGAACCGCCUGAGAAAGGUAACAGUUAUAGACAAGGAAGAGAUCGCAGUGCAAAAGCAAGAAGC